GAAAACGUAUUCAUUAUAUUCGACGAGUUUUUGAAACACACUUUCCUUGCAUUCAAUCAAUUGUUUCCCAAAUUAUUCACACAUUUCGUUGAAUUAUGUUUCGCUGACACGAGUCCUGGCUUUCUGUCCGUCAAUCGUGUCGUGAAAGACGCGGAUAUGAUUGAACCCAAGGAGGAGAUCAUGAGUGGCGAUGAGGACGAGAAAGAGAUGGCAAACGCCGAGGCGGACAGUAAGCCGAAGAAGAGCCAGAAGUUUGCGAAGAUAUGCAUCGAUUUGAAUGCCAUUCCGUCGCUGGAAGUGGAGGAACAGGACUCCGAGCUCUUGGGUUUAGGGAUCACUGCUUUCGACCAAAGAGUCUAUGAGGAGAAUGUGAUGCUUCAGGUGGACAGAGCCCUCGACCACCAACGGGUCCAACACACGCCUUCCACCACUGCAUCCACUUCUGGUCAUCAGAGUCUUCCUCACGUGUCCGCACGCGUGGACUCAUCCGAUGGGAACUGUUCCGCGCGUUUAGACAUUAAGAGCGAACCCAAAGAUUUUACGGACGAAUCAAGCGAUGAAUUUAGUGAUAAUUACUGCCAUAAAAGACCAGCGAUUCCCGUGACGACUGAAACGGUGGACCAAUUGAGUGAUUCGGACGCUAAUGAUAAUCAUAUGGACGAUGAAGUUGUGGACGAAGACGACGACGAAGAGUGCGAUGAGUGGAAGCCGUCGCGCGAUGACUACGAAAGUGAUGAUCAGAUUGAAUAUGAAGAGAAUUCUGAGGAGGAAUUGGAGGGAAAUGUUGUCCGAAAAGCGAGAAAAUCCAAACCCAAAGAAGAGAGACGUAAGAAAUGUGUGGUUAAGGAGCGAGUGGUCGACGACGGGAACGACAAGUGCUUUCAAAAGCGAAUUCAAGAGUAUAAGGAGCAGCGACUCAUUGAAAGACAUGAUAACAUACGUCCGGACGGCACAGAAAUUCAAAAUUUGGACGAAAUGGUAAAACUCGACAAAGGAUUCAAAGUACCGAAGCGAGUGUGGGAUCAACUCUACCCAUACCAGCAAACGGGUGUUCAGUGGCUGUGGGAACUGCAUGGCAACGGUUGCGGAGGGAUUGUCGGCGAUGAGAUGGGCUUAGGAAAGACCAUUCAAUUGAUUGCAUUCCUCUGCGGUCUCAGCUGUAGUCGAUUCCACGACUUUAGAGAUUCAUACAAUACUUUAGGACCAGUGAUACUUGUCUGUCCGGCCACUGUUAUGCACCAAUGGGUCGCGGAGUUCCAUAAAUGGUGGCCCUAUUUCCGAGUGGCUAUUCUUCACCAAACAGGCAGUCAUUCCGGCAAAAAGGAUACACUCAUCAGAGCCAUCAACAGAUCCAAUGGUAUUCUUAUCGCUUCGUACUCCGGAGUGUGUAGUCAUCAGAAGUUACUGUUGAAACACGACUGGCAUUACGUUAUCCUCGAUGAGGGCCAUAAGAUUCGUAACCCAGAGGCACAGGUGACCCACACGUGCAAACUGUUCGCCACUCCCCAUCGGAUCAUACUAUCGGGUUCUCCCAUUCAGAACAAUCUGCGAGAGUUGUGGUCACUGUUUGACUUCAUAUACCCGGGAAAGUUGGGAACACUGCCAGUGUUUAUGGAGCACUUCUCCAUUCCCAUCACAAUGGGAGGGUAUGCCAACGCUACUCAAGUCCAGAUCCAAGUGGCCUACAAGAUGGCGACCAUAUUGAAGGACACGAUUCAGCCGUUUCUGUUGCGACGAACCAAACUCGAAGUGAACAGUUGUCUAACGCUUCCGGCGAAGAACGAACAGGUCUUGUUCUGCAAACUCACGGAUGAACAGCGAGACCUCUACAAGACGUACAUCGAGUCGGCGGCCGUUAAAGACAUCAUGAAAGGCAGCGCACAGAUAUUUGUGGGUCUAAUAAAUUUGCGCAAAAUCUGUAACCACCCGAACCUCUUUGAUAAGAACGCGUCCGAACUCAACCUAUUGAGAGACGACUCCGGCUAUUAUAAGAGGUCCGGGAAGUUGCGAGUCGUGGACGUCUUGCUCAGGAUUUGGCACAAACAGAGCCAUAAGGUUCUGGUGUUCACUCAAAGUCGACAAAUGAUCAAAAUUCUCGAACACUUUCUAAGGCACAGGAAUUAUAGCUACUUAUUGAUGGACGGCUCGACGUCCGUCCAGUCGAGGCAACCGCUCAUUAAGCAAUUCAAUGAGGAUCCGAAUAUAUUUGUGUUCCUAUUGACCACACGCGUGGGUGGCAUCGGUGUGAACCUUACGGGCGCUAACCGGGUGCUGAUCUACGACCCCGACUGGAAUCCCAGCACUGAUAUGCAGGCCAGAGAGCGGUGUUGGCGUAUCGGUCAGAACAGGUCGGUCACGAUCUACCGGUUACUGUCCUCUGGAACCGUUGAGGAGAAGAUAUAUCAGCGCCAGAUAUUUAAGCAAUACUUAACUAAUCGGGUGUUGAAAGACCCCAAACAGAGACGAUUCUUCAAAACCAACGAUUUGUAUGAAUUGUUUUCGUUGGGCUCCGACUCAAGGACUACGGAGUCGGACGCCGUGUUCGCCGGCACCGACUCCGAAGUCCGAGUCAACCCAAACGCCAAGAGAUUGAAAAAGGCGUCGAAUUCGCCGCCAAAUAGUGAUAAUAAGAGUAAUAAUAAGUCAGAACUUUCUGCCGAAAAGGUGCGGGAAUUGCGAGAAAGAGCUAAACUGUUGAGUAAAAUGAUUGCCGAGAAGUUUGCCAAAAAAGAUGACAAUACUAACAGUGCUAUCGAUUCGAGCGCUCACUGCAGUAGAGUUAGUGAGAAAACUAGUGAUAAGACAAUUGUGUCGAAAAGUGUGUCGAUUCCCAGAAGUGAUACAAAAGUGAGAAAUAAAAAGGAGAAGAAAGGCACGAAAUUCGAAGGAAAACGUAUUAAAUAUUUAGCAAAACAGGAGAUAUUUAAGGAUAAGAAUAAUGAGAAGCAGUCGAAAGCGGAGGACGAAUAUGUGCUGAAGAAGCUGUUCAAGAGAUCCAAAGUUCAGAGCGCUCUCCAGCACGACGUCAUUGAGAACCCGUCGGCGCCCGACUUCGCGAUCGCCGAACGAGAGGCCGAGACUGUCGCCAAACAAGCGAUUACUGCACUCAAGAAGUCGCGAGAGAUGUGUCUCAGCGGUCGGUCGACAGCCAAUCCCUUAUCUGGUCUUAAGUUCGGCACCAAAUUCGGGCAAAAGAGGAAAUUAAGUGACAAUAGCGAGAGUACUCUCAACAGCCGGUCUCUGAUUAACGAAAUUAAAGCUCGAAAUAAGUUUGAGACCGAAGACAACGCCUCCGACACCGAAGACAAUAGCAGUGAUACGCAGAGAAUGACUCUGAAUCCCGAAUACGAGACACUUUUGUCUGAUAUUAGACAUUAUAUUGCAUUUCAGUGUAAGAGUAGUGUCGGCAACAGCGGUGAGGCGACUACUCACGAGCUGUUGGAAGCGUUUAAAGACAAACUGCCGCCAAAUCAGAGCGCGAUCUUCAAGUCGAUGCUCUACCAGUUGUGCCAAUUCUACCGGACAUCGGAAGGGGUGGGCAACCCGUCGGCGCCCGACUUCGCGAUCGCCGAACGAGAGGCCGAGACUGUCGCCAAACAAGCGAUUACUGCACUCAAGAAGUCGCGAGAGAUGUGUCUCAGCGGUCGGUCGACAGCUAAUCCCUUAUCUGGUCUUAAGUUCGGCACCAAAUUCGGACAAAAGAGGAAAUUAAGUGACAAUAGCGAGAGUGCUCUCAACAGCCGGUCUCUGAUUAACGAAAUUAAAGCUCGAAAUAAGUUUGAGGCCGAAGACAACGGCUCCGACACCGAAGACAAUAGCAGUGAUACGCAUAGAAUGGCUCUGAAUCCCGAAUACGAGACACUUUUGUCUGAUAUUAGACAUUAUAUUGCAUUUCAGUGUAAGAGUAGUGUCGGCAACAGCGGUGAGACGACUACUCACGAGCUGUUGGAAGCGUUUAAAGACAAACUGCCGCCAAAUCAGAGCGCGAUCUUCAAGUCGAUGCUCUACCAGUUGUGCCAAUUCUACCGGACAUCGGAAGGGGUGGGCGUUUGGAAUCGACUACUCACGAGCUGUUGGAAGCACAAACUGCCGCCAAAUCAGAGCGCGAUCUUCAAGUCGAUGCUCUACCAGUUGUGCCAAUUCUACCGGACAUCGGAAGGGGUGGGCGUUUGGAAACUCAAACCAGAAUUCAGAUAA